AUGAGACUUCAAUUUCUACUUAUUCGGACCUUGGCCCUUGUGCUAUGCUAUGCCCAGUUGGCGUUUGCCGUUGAUUCCAGCCAUCAACUGGUUGAACAGCUAGACAAGGUACCAGAUGGCUGGUUAAGAGGGGAUAGACCGUUGGCCUCUAAACUUAUAAAAUUCCGACUAGCGAUUGCCCAACACAACGCCAGAGAGUUCGAGCAAAAGGUCAUUGAGCUGUCAACCCCAGGUCACGCGAGCUAUGGUCAACAUAUGAAUCGGGACGAAGUGAAGCAAUUCUUGAGUCCCCCUCCUCCCAUUUCAGACCGCAUUAUCGCAUGGCUGCAAUCAGAAAAUGUCCCAACCAGUUCUAUAAAGUUAGAUGGCCAUUGGAUUUCGUUCACAGUUCCAAUUUCUCAGGCCGAGGAGAUGCUGAAAACGCAGUUUUUCUACUUUCACCAACAAGACCAGCAAAGCAUCACCAUUCGAACUCUUGGCUAUUCGGUGCCCAGGGCCUUACAUCCUUAUAUUCAAUUGAUCCAGCCUACAACUAUAUUUGGCAACCUUGUGCCUCAAAGAAGCUCCAUUUUCAAACCGAAGACAGCGACUUCCGAGCAGCUAGCCGCUAAAUGCAAUGUGACUAUCACGCCAGACUGCCUUCGGGAUCUGUAUGGAAUUGAUAACACGACCACCAGACCUGAUUGGCGGAAUCGACUGGGGAUAUCUGGUUUCCUAGAACAAUAUGCUCGCCGUGCUGAUUUCGAUGUGUUUUUGCGUCGUUACGCCCAAAGCCACACAGACGCAAACUUCAGUGUCGUCUCAAUCAACGGCGGCCAGGAUGAUCAACACUCCAUGUCUGAUAGUGUCGAAGCAAAUCUAGACGUACAGUACUCCAUCCCGCUGGCAGAUGAAGUGCUAGCAACAUUUUAUAGCACAGGGGGACGCGGUCCUGUUGUCCCCGAAAUAACUCAUCCAGACCCUACCGAGUCAUCAAACGAGCCAUAUCUUGAACAGCUCCAUUACCUUUUGGAUCUCCCAGAUGAAGAGCUCCCCGCGGUGCUUUCCAACUCGUACGGAGAAAAUGAGCAGAGUCUCCCACCGUCAUAUUUAAACGCGACUUGCAGCCUAUUUGCCCAGCUCGGUGCGCGGGGUGUUUCAAUACUUUUCAGUAGCGGAGAUGCUGGUCCGGGAAGUUCUUGUGUGAAAAAUGACGGGACAAAUCAAACUAGAUUCCUCCCUGAGUAUCCAGCUUCUUGUCCAUUUGUUACCUCGGUGGGUGGAACGUACGGCACCAACCCCGAAAAAGCGGUUUCCUUCUCUGGGGGUGGGUUUUCAGAGCUGUUCCCCCGUCCCCACUAUCAGGACCAGGCAGUGAAGGGCUACCUUCGUCAUCUUGGAAGUCAAUGGAAUGGACUGUACAAUGCUACGGGAAGAGGGUAUCCCGACGUGUCGGCCCAAGCCGCAAGAUUCAUUGUUCGAGAUCAUGGCGAGUGGAUCUCGGUUGGCGGAACAAGGUUUGUCUUCGGCAGAUUUCUGGAGAACAAUGAGCUGACCGUGUACAGUGCUUCGACACCAGUGCUUGCAGGGGUGGUCUCCCGGCUCAACUCUGCCCGUAUUGCCCAGGGUAAGCCUCGAAUGGGCUUUCUAAACCCAUGGCUUUAUAGCCACGGGCAAACAGGGUUCACGGAUAUUGUUCUAGGCAGCUCCUCAGGCUGUAAGCGGAAUCCUGGCGAUGCUCGGGUACGGAAUGCGACCUGGGAUGCCACCGAAGGUUGGGAUCCCGUAACAGGGCUAGGCACGCCGUUAUUCCCUACACUUGUGAAAGUGGCAUUGUCAGAUGACCUGGCGUAG